GAGACUGGCCGCAGGGCCGGAAGAGGGGUAGCCCUUGGCUCCGGGGGGCGGCGGUGUGGAAAACAGCGAACCUGGUGCUGUUGUAGCUGGCCAGCUUCUCCAUUCAGGCCCCAUCCCGAGUUGAAGACCUCCAGGAUUCUGGUGGCCUAUGGAAGGGAUCGGGCCGUGAAGUAUCUGGCGCAGAUCCAAACAGCCUAGCCACUGAGAGGCACCGGAAGCUUCGCCUCUAGGAGAGAGAAGGCUCGCUUUGGAGGAAAGAAUCCAGAGGGCUUGCCCCUGGGGCGGAGCCCGCCGAACAUGGCCACGCCCCCGGGGGCCGGUCCCGCAGCUCUGCGCUUCGCUGCCGCGGCCACCUGGCGAGUGGUGCGAGGACGCUGCGUGGAGCAUUUCCCCCGAGUAUUGGAGUUUCUGGGAUCAUUGCGCGCUGCUGCCCCUGGCUUGGUUCGCUACCGCCACCAUGAACGCCUGUGUAUGGGCCUAAAGGCCAAGGUAGUGGUGGAGCUGAUCCUGCAGGGCCGGCCGUGGGCCCAAGUUCUGAACGCCCUACAGCAUCACUUCCCAGAGUCUGGACCUGUAGUGCGGGACCCGAAAGCCACAAAGCAGGACCUGAGGAAGAUCUCGGAGGCACAGAAAACCUUUUGCCAACUGGUGAAGCAACUAGCAGAGACCCCGGUGGACUUGGAUUCCAAGCUGCAGGAACUUGAACAAGAGUAUGGAGAACCCUUUUUGGCUGCCAUAGAAAAGCUGUUUUUUGAAUAUUUGUGUCAGCUGGAAAAGGCACUGCCCGCACUGCAGGCACAGCAGCUUCAGGAUGUGCUGAGCUGGAUGCAGCCUGGAGUUUCUAUCACUGCUUCUUUUGCCUUGAGCCAAUAUGGUGUGGACAUGGGAUGGCCACUUCCAGAGCACUUGGUUACCGAUUCAGUGAGCAUGACGGAGCCCAUGGAGCAGGGCCCUCCUCAGCAACCAAAGCUAGCACUUCAUGAUCCAUCGCCAAAAGCCAGGACUAGCUCCUACCUUUCUCAGGAACCAGCCUCAAGGAAGCACCCAGAACCUUUGGCUGGCCACCACUUCAAUCUGGCCCCUCUAGGCCGGCGAAGAAUCCAGUCCCGAUGGGCAUCCACUAAGGGAGGCCAUAAGGAGCGCCCCACAGUCAUGCUGUUCCCCUUUAGGAAGCUGGGUUCGCCAAGCCAGAUCAUAUCUGAGUCCAAGAGCAGGGAAGAACAUGAAACACACAUGGCAGAUCCAGCAGGUGCUGUGAGCACGAGAGCAGCUUCCACUGGAAUGUCUAAGAGUCCAUCCCAGAGCCUACGGGCAAGGGCUCUGAAGGAGACCCCAGCUGACUUGUUUGCUUCAGAGCAAGAGGAGAAUUGCUUGGUUUGCCCCAUGGACCCCCUAAGACUAUCAUUAUCACCUCCUAAGGCUAGGAAGCCAGUGUGUCCUCCAUCUCUGUGCAGCUCUGUCAUUACCAUAGGGGACUUGGUUUUGGACUCUGACGAAGAAGAAGAUGGCCAGACGGAAAGAAGGGAGUCCCUGGAAAACUAUCAGAAGACAAAGUUUGACACCUACAUCCCCACCUUCUAUGAAUACCUCCCUACUUCUGGCCCGAGUGCUGUGUCUGUCCCUUCCAUGACCAUACAGACAGGUCUAGACACGAUAGGACUGGAAUUCCCUCUGCACUCCACCUGUGUCCCGUAGCCUUACACACAGUUUAGUGGAAAUGAAGUGGAAGCCCAGGCUUGGGUUACCUGACUGCCUUGCUAAAAUUACUUUGUAAUACUGGUUAAUUAAAAUUUGGAUUUAUUAAAACUGUCUUGGUGCAAGGGAGGAGAAAUAAGGCUUCCAUAAAGUCAAAGUAGGUCAUUCCUUAGAACUGGCUUCUCCAGGGCUGGAGGAAUCCCUUUGCCUUUCUACUUCCCCUGGAAAAUGUUGUUGUUCAGCUGUGCCAAGAAAGGUCGAUAGCUUGGAAGAGAAAUUUCCCUUUGCUAUACUAAAAUAUCGAUGUGCCCUGAUACUAGAAUGUACUUUGUAAAUUCUCAUGCCACCAGGUUACCUGGGGGUGGUGGCAGUGAAAUGGAGAUACUUCAUGGAAAAAUACUCCCUGUCCUUGACUCUACUGGGUCAGUGCCAACUCCAGUUCCACUUGUCCCGGUGCAGCACCCAGAUGCCAGCCUUGUGCAGAAAGAUCCAGAAUCUCUUUAAAGUCAUUGGGAUCUCUUUAUUGAGAUACUUAAAAUAUACCAACAUUUCUGAGCUUCUCAGGUGUUCAAAGAUACUAUUUAAUGAAGCUCACUAACAGAACAUGAUUUCAGGAGCCUAACUUGUCCAGACCAAGGCCACAUUAAACACUUAGGUAGGAACCAUUAUCUUUUCCUUUCAAUAAUCUUCCAGAUGCUGGGUCCCCAGGUUUGCAUUUGAUGAUCUGACUUCAUUUUCUCAGCCUGCCUUCCUUGCUUGCUCCCCAGUGAAUACCCUGGGCAAUUUGUGCGCACAGAGUACAGAAAUAUUGCAGAAGCCCUCAGGAGUGAGGCCGCAGGAAAUAACCGAGUGAUAAACAGCCACAGUGGCUGGCAUGUGUGAGGAGCCCAUUGGGAGGCCCUAGGCUAGGGUGCUCGUGCCUUGAGAGGGUACAGCUUCUCAGGUCUAGCUGUCACCACUGAAGAUUGGAUUCACCUGCUGGGUGACUCGGAUGAACGUGGUUCUCCGGCUCAACUCCUUCAGUUUAGCUGCUCCCACAUAGGUACAUGUGGAACGGAUGCCUCCAAGGAUGUCUCGGAUGGUAUGGUCCACGUCCCCUUUAAAGGGCACCUCCACUGUCUUGCCCUCUGAGGCCCUUAGAGGAGGAAAAAUUUUUUGGUUUUUCUUUUUGGAUUUCUUAAGCCCAGCAGCUCUUCCCUAGUCUCUAGCACUUGGCCCCAGUUCAUCACUUUUCCUCCCAAGAACUGUCCCACGCAUCUCCCAGCAGCCAGUUCUGCCACCACCCUGCUUAAUCACACUUUCCAGGAACCCUCAGCUCCUGGAUGUCUGCACAUACCUGUAUU